AUGAAUCACGCAGUGUUGGAGUACUCUGUGUCUGUGAGCGUGGAAAUUUUGAGUGGGGUUGCAAGCUGCAGAGCGCAAGGUAAUUACGUCCCCUGGGCUUCACAAGAUCUCGAGGGACUAGUCAACCGACUCCCGGACAUCCACGAGGGGGCUGGUAAGUUCAUCAGGAUUUUGAAGGAGGAAUUAGCUGGGAAGCUGAUUGCAGUAGGAGACAUCAAAGCCCUCCUAGCGAAGAUCGUAGGGGGAGCUAAAACUGAUCAAAUCCUUCAAGACGCUAAUUUACACAGAGCCGUGAAUUUCUAUGACAUGGAUGGAGUUGUUUUUGAUGUGUACCGCCCCGCAGUGUGGCUAGUUUUACGAACUGAAUAUGAAACCAGAAUCGACCCCAAGGCACUGAAGGGGGAGGAACUGGGGGAAACAGAAAACCCCAUCACUUACGUUCAAAGACAAUUAAAGAGAUGGAAACAAGAGACUGAGGGAGACCCCGAGGGGGAUCCUCUGAUGACCACGCUUUUCAGAAAUGCCAUAGUGGAUGCUAUGCCACAGACUGUAAAAAGCAAACUAGAAGAUGUGGAACAGAGAAAGCAGCCGAGUGAGGAGACGGAGACCACAUGUCCAAUUGUCCCAGGGGACCAAGUCUAUCUGAGGGUUUUCAGGAGGAAAUGGAACGAAGCCAGAAGGGAGGGACCAUAUAAAGUGGUGGCCGCUACCCCAACAGCAGUUCGAGUGGAAGGCAGUAACAUGUGGUACCACUUAAACCACUGCACCAAAGCUCAUAGAGAAAACACAGAGACCAGAGAGGACAGCCUUGGAACAAACAACCAAGAAACUUCUGCUAAAAGCAACGAGGCACAAUGUGUGGCAUCAGGAAAUGACCAUGGACAGAACACAUCUGACGACAUGCCUGAUCAUCAUAUGCUUGUGGCCAGUUCAUGCUUUGAACAACAUCACGACGCCGCCUCCGGUUACUCAGGUCCGGAAUCACACCACACAGCCAUUGACUCCAACACCUGUAACUCCGAUUCUGAACCACACUUCCCUAUGACUAAGACAGGAAAGCCAGAUAGUUACUGGAGGGACAUCUGCUUCAAAUAUGCUCGGGGCCAAUACCACUUUUCAACUGGCAAACGGCCAGGGGCCAAGAAAUGGAAAAAGGCCUUGGAGAGAAUUGAUGCUUGCCCCCUGCAGAGCCAUUCUACUAAGGAUCUGUUUGGGAGAAGCCUUCGGUGCUCCUGUGGGUUCCAUAAGCCAGCAGAUCUGUCAUCAGGUGCUGGGUCCAGUGAGGCAGGAGUAGUUGAGACGGAGGCAGGGCAAGUCCAAGUCAGCAUGGAGGUAGGGAGAGGAGGCAUGGAGACAUGUAGAGGAGACACAGAGGCAGGGAGAGUUCAAGACAACACAGAGGCAGCAAGAGGAGACACAGAGGCAGGAGGAGUCGGAGACCACACAGAGGCAGGGAGAGGAGACACAGAGGCAGGGGCAUCAGUGGCAGGACAGAAAGUGCAGUGCUACAAGUGCAACCAGCUUGUGGAGGGAGACAAAUUUUCAGAGCACCUGUCUGACCACCAUGUGGAGGAGAUGUGUGACACCUGUGGGACCAAGGUGCAGGGUACUCUUGGUCUUUUGAAUCACAUCCAAACGGCUCACUAUAAAGCAUUUAUUGUGCCAUCACCGCAAAAGCCACCCCCGAAAAACUACAAAAGCACUACCACCACAAAAGUUCUACCAUCAAAGACAACACCAUCUCUGCUCCCUCCUUCAAGUAGCUCUGCCACACCACACCACACUGCAACUCCACCAACUUCAAAACCAACUUCAAUCAAUUGGAAAGGUUUUCUUCCUGAGCAGUUUCGGAGAGUAGUCCAGGAAGCAGAUCAGGUGUGGAUUUCCAAAUGCCUAUAUGAGCCUACAGGCCGGCUGAAACAAAAAAUCCAAGCCUGCUGGUUUCACCCCCCACUGAAGCCCAAACCAUCUCCUCCUGAGCCUGGGUGGUACUACCGGCAGAGGAUGUUCAUCUGGGCACCAAUGAGGAUGUGGGGAAUUCUUUUAAAAUGCCCAAAAUGUUCCCGGAAAAUGAACAGCUCCGGGAUCUACAGAAAGAUAAGGGAGGUAAUUGAUGUGGAUAGCCGCUACUACCUAGUGGGAGGGGACUAUCCACGUUGCAGCAAGUGCUCUCAGCCGGUCUGCCCAUGGAGCCAGGAUAUGCUCUCCCAGGUGGAUGUGGCACACAGGAGCAUGUUCCCCGCUGUCCUCACAACACAGCUGGCUCUGGACAGGAAAUGCAUGACUUUCCUGAAGCCCAGGACCAUUGGUAACAGUUCCUCCUACUUCCAGUCUGCAAUAGAGGAAGCGCACAGCGAGGAGUGGGCUCGGCAGACCAUCCGCUACCUCUCAGACUGUGAGCGUCAUAGUAAGAUGGCUACCUUCGUCCCCUCUGCAGCUGUAUAUCUUCCUCCACCACCCUUCAGGCCCCUUCCACUUGCUCAAUGGUUUGAGACGGUCCAUUCCAAUGAAAUCCUCAGCCAUGUGGAUGAAAUGAAGGGAGUGAUCACUUCUACCUAUGGUAGAAUUCUUAAAAUGGAUUCAACAAAGAAGAUCACCAAAAAGCUGGCUGGCGAGAUCGGGGACAGUGCUGCAUGGAUGACAAACAUCGGCAACGAGUUUGGCCAGGUGUUGAACUCUGUUCUGACGACGGGUGAAGGUGCAGGGUUGGAAGAGUUGUGCCAAGGCAUCGUCACUCGGUACAAGAAUGCGGGCCAAGCUGAACCUGAGGUCAUCUAUGUCGACCGGGAUUGCUGCAGCCAGUCAGGUGUGUCUUCAGUGGCUAAGCUCUUUCACCCAUGGAGGUCUGCAGUGCGCUUAGACAGCUUCCAUUUCAUGAGACGCUUUAACUGCGGCCUCACUACAGAACACCACCCUCUCUAUGGCACCUUUUGUGCCAAGCUUUCCUCCUGCGUUUUUGAAUGGGACCAGGAGGAUGUGCAACGCCUGAAGGAGGCCAAGAGAGCAGAGUGGAAGAGCAGCCACAGCGGACAUACUCCCACUGAAGAACAGCUCAUGGCCACUAUCAGCCCAGGGGAAUUAAAGAGACACUGCAGGAGGAGAACGCGUGGAGUGGAGGAGAUGCGGAGCAUGAUUUCAGGGCUGCUGGAAUCAGUAUGGGAGCUGACAGACACCACAGGGCUGCGUCUGGUGAGCCAUGACAGCAUGCGCCACGUGUGGAAAGUGCAGCAGAAGCACCUGGAGUGCCUCCAAGACCCUGCAGGUGUUGCACUGUACACAAAGGUGGGGACACUCCAAAAGGGCGGCAAAGAGCUGGACAUCCUUAGGUGUGGUAGGGGGUCCUCCUCCCUGGAGAGUUUUCACCGACAUCAGUGUGCUUUUAUUCCAGGCUGGAGGUGCAAUGCUGUACAUAUGCAAAUGUACAUGCUCGAGGGGGCAUCAAGAUGGAACAUGGGUCGGGCUAAGGAGGCAGUAGAUGUGGAGGGGGCCUCGUCCCUAAGAAGCUUUGAUGUUCGCUUGAUUUCCCACCUUAACAACUUAAGCCAGCGCGUCCAUGGUUGUGAUCUGGUGCCAGAGAUCACCCCACCCGGGAAACCUACUGGUGAGCGUAUAGCAGUGGAAUAUUUAUUGGCCCAGACCAACAGAGGUGACCUGCUGGCUCCAUCACAGGUCUCCGAAAUCCCCUCGCAGGUGCUUGAGGAGGAGGAUGAACCAGAUGACACCAUCAGCAUGCUUGAUAUUGUCUGCCAUUCAGCUGAGAUAGGGGCUGGUGAUCCUCCAAGUGCUGUGGAGGGUGACACUGAACCCGGACCCCUCAUCACAGAGCAUUGCUCACAUAUUACCAUGCCUGAUAUUGUCUGCCAGUCAGCUGAGAUAGGGGCUGGUGAUCCUCCAAGUGCUGUGGAGGGUGACACUGAACCCGGACCCCUCAUCACAGAGACCAGCCAAUGUGACUCGAGGGGCGUUGUGGGAUGGGAGGCAGUUGAUGCCCUUGCAGCCUACCUAGUUGACUUGAAUCGCACCAUCACCGCCUUGUCAGCCAAGGAGGCGGCGUACAUAGUCAACCUGUACACAGCUCUCCAUGCCAUGGACAAAAAACCUUUAAGGUUCACCCAGAAGGCUAAGAAAAAAGCACAUGCAUCAGGAGGACCAUGGAGAGCACCCAGGAAGCCGAGUGGCUCUGCUCCUGGACAGCAGGCGGCAGAGAGACUAUACAUGAUUCACGGCCAAGCAGCCCAGGACCCCGGAAUACAUAGGGUCAGUGACUGUGUUUGCCUCAGACUUGCAAAAGAGUUUGAGCAGUCAUGCAACAGGCCAAAGGACGCAAAGGGGAAAACCAUGCCCAUCCCUCAGUCCAUUGUCAGCGUCUACAGCCACAUCAAACAGCUGCUGGAGGACAGCAUGGUUGUCCUGAACCAGACGAACCUGAGUCUGGUGCCGGUUAACAACACCACAGUAUCUUCAUGGCUGCUUAAGAGGGAUAAGAGGAAGGACAGGAACAUGCAGCUGCAAGGCACUGCACUUCCCAAACAGCUGUACCUGGCCAAGGAGCCUCUUCCUGCAGUGAACACACUUCCAGCUGCCCCUGUGCAACAUGCACAUGAACCUAUGACAUUUGAGGAGCCUGAAAACCAUGAGGGGGAAGCUUUCCCCCGCCAGCGCACACUAGCGGUAAGCAAGCCUGUGUUCUCUCCACCAUCUCCACCUCCCCAGUUCCCUCCACAAUUUGGGCCAGCGCCUCCAUUCCAGCAAACUCCUCAGUUGCAGCAUGCGCCUCCAUUUCCACAUGCUUCUCCAUUUCUGCAUGCUCCUCCAUAUCCCCAUGCACCUCCCUAUACACAUGCACCUCCAUAUCCCCAUGCACCUCCAUAUCCCCAUUCACCUCCAUAUCCGCAUGCUCCUCCAUAUCCGCAUGCUCCUCCAUAUCCGCAUGCUCCUCCAUUUCCGCAUGCUCCUCCAUAUCCACAUGCUCCUCCAUAUCCACAAGCUUCUCCAUUGCAGCAAGCUCCUACAGAGUGCCUUCCAUCCCAGCCAAGGCAACGUGCCUGGAGGCUGAAGAAAGCUGCCCAGGAGGAUGAGGAGCUAGUGUCAAGGGGGGAACCGCCACGGAAGAGGCUAACAAAAGAAAAGUAUCACUACACCUGCAAGUUGUGUGGCCAGGAAAAAAAUAAAACAACUGGACACACCCAGCUGAAGGGGCGGUGGUACUGUCCAGCCUCAGGACUGACCCUGGAUGACUGGAAGGAGAGUGUUUAGUUUCUGUCACCAUUACAUGUCUUUCUCUAUGUUGAUUGUCUGUUAUAAUAAAGUUUAAUCAUUUUAUUGGAGCCAAGAACAGCCUUCACGUUUUUAUUUCAUUUCCUCUUAAUACCAGCACAGUGAGUGU